AUGAUGUCAAGUAAUACAUCUGAUCAUAAUAUUGAUUAUGGUCUUGAUUAUAUUCUUCUUUUUCGUUUAAUUGUUUGGGGAUAUGCUGGCAUGGCAUUAAGUUUAUUUGGUAUUGUGGGAAAUAUUAUUACCAUACUUGUACUUAUAUCACCAUCAUUACGUACAACAUCAACAAAUAUAUAUUUAAUUGCUUUAUCAUGUUCAAAUAUUCUUUUUCUUCUUAUAUUUAUCCCAUCAUAUUCAAUAAGAUAUUUAUUAGGUUAUAAGCUUUAUAUGUCAAAUGAACCUCCAUUUGCCUUUGAAAUUCUUCUAUCACGUUUACCAACAACGCCUAUUUAUAAUACAAUACUCUUAUCAAUUAUAUAUUUAACAAUAGCAGUAUCAACUGAUCGCCUUAUAUUAAUCAAAUUUCCAUUAAAUGCAAAACGUAUAUUAACGAAACGUGUAACAUUAACGACCAUUUUAUUGAUUUAUAUUUUUUCUAUUGUUUAUUGUAUUCCAUAUUGGCUAGAACAACGUUAUGUGCCGGAAUUACAACAAUGUCGUCUUACAACUAUAGGUAAAAAGAUUCAUAAAUAUACAAGAAUAUAUAUUUAUAUACCUGUUGUUUAUGUUAUACCAUUUGUGACAUUAACAUGUAUUAAUAUAACAAUAAUACAAAAUUUAAUUGCAAAGAAACGUCAAAAACAAAAUUUAUGUGGAAAAUCAUUUAAAAAAGUAUCGGCUGAUUAUCAUAUAACAUUAAUGCUUGUUGCAAUAAUUAUUGUUUUUGUAUUAUGUCAAUUACCUUUACUUGUAUUAAAUGCUUGGUAUGCUAUUGAUCCUCAUGGUUCAUAUGAAAGUUUAAAAUUUCAAACAUUAAAUAUAAUUGGAAUUUUAUUAAUUGUAUUUAAUACAUCAACAAAUUUUUUAUUAUAUUGCUUUUUUGGUCAAAAAUUUCGAUUAACAUUAUUGGAAUUUAUUUUAAAGAUGUUUUCAAAACAUUCAAAAAAUUUCAAUAUUCAUACACGAACCUUAAAACAAAAUAAAUUACCAUUAAAAAUAAUACAACGAGGAAUAUCAAGAAAUCAUUCUUCAACAAUGACAACAACAGUAACAACAAAUGGUUCAAAACGUUUUAAAAUAAAAUCAAACACUCAAGAUGAACAAACAUUAUCUGACUUAUCUACAGUAUUAGAUCACAAUCUAAUGAUAACAGAUAAAGACGAAUCACGUCCAUUAUUAAAAGCUACUACAGUUCAUCUUAAAGAUUCAACUGAACAUAUAACUACAACUGAAGAAAAAUCUCCAUCGGAGUCCAAUGAAAAUCAAAUAGUGGUAUUAAUGGUAUAA